AUGGAUAAAACCGACGGUCGAGCCCAAUUCUUCAGCGCGGUCUUUGCGUUCAUUCAGGCAACUGUCGACUUCUUCAGAAAGCGCGUCGGUCGCCAGCCAUCUGUCGAGUAGGCUUCUUAAAGGCGGUCUUCAGUCCUGACAGCGCUCUCAAACGUAUCCUCACCGCAUCGAUCACAACUCCCAGCGUCGCACCUCGCUGUCCUCUCAACACUACACCCAUCGAGAUGCACGUCGACCCAGCGAGUCCGCUGACCUUGAAGAUGCGGACAGCAGCCUUUGGACCUCGAGAACGACUUCCCGCUAGGCACGGCGACGAGUCGUUCGAGUUGUCCCCAAAACCUCAACGACAAUCAUUCGAAAGUCCCAUGCAGAGGCCAUGGGAACUUAGUUACAAGCAGAGUGCCGCUCCAUCCCCUCGUAUACUCUGGUUCACCACGAGGCGCUUCCUUCUCAGCCUCGACGGACUGGCCCUUGCCGUCUUCGCGUUGCUCGCUUGGCGAUAUUUGCUCUUUCCUUCGCGAGACAUCGAUGUGAGCGGUAUGCAAGCCAAGGCAAGCACCGACUCGUACUUUCUAGAUCUGUGGGUCAAGCACGUCACGGAUCAUCCGAUACGUGCACGAGAUCGGACAGGCUUUUCGGAGAUGGGACUUCGCACAUCCAUGUAUGCCCAUCUCUUGGCCGACCCAUCUCUUCCGGAUUUUGAAGAGUACGAGCGCAAGCUGUGGCCCUUUAUCCCUGGAAUCGCCAGCCUGCGCAAAAGUUACUUUGAAGGCGCGCGCUAUGCUAGCGAAAAGCGACCAAAGACUCGCGGUAUUGUCAUGUCUUUGGGCAAGAACGACUUUGACUUUGCCAUUCAGGUGAGCUGAGCUCAGAGAAAUUGCUUCAGCAAGCACUGACCACAUCCAGUCAUCCUCGUUGCGCUGUAGUACAUUUCGAUCAUCCGCGAUCACUAUCGUUCGAACAUCCCCAUAGAGCUCUACUACUACGGCGAGGAUGACCUUCCACCCCACAUGCGACACUACCUCACCACAGAAUUUCCAAACGUCUCGACAGUGGAUCUGGAAGCGCUCGGUUUCUUUGACGAGAACUUGACUCAGUUGAAGAGGCAAGGAUUUGCUCUGAAACCGUUCGCUCUUGUUGCGACAAACUUUACAGAAGUGAUGCUAGCGGAUGCGGAUGCUGUGCUGCUUGCUUCACCGGAAGAAUUCUUUGAGCAGAAAGGUUUCAAAGAGACUGGCACGCUAUUCUUCCAUGACAGAGAUCACGUCCGUGCAGGAGCAGCUGCCAUCAUCCACGAAUUCAUGAACAGCAACUUGGAAGCUCGAGGGCCAAGCGAGCGACUGGCCAAAAGUGCUUUCUGGCAACGCAAGGGUAUCUACGAGCAAGAGUCUGGCAUCGUCGUGGUGGACAAAAGUCGCAUGGAAGUCUUCGCUGCUCUGCUGUUCUCAGCUUGGCAGAACACGGGCGAGGUGCGACGACGGACAACUUACCGCAUCUUUUGGGGCGACAAGGUAAGCAGCACAGAUGUUCUACUAGCCUAUCACGGUCUGCACUCACAUUCUGGCAGCCUCGCAGGAGACCUUUUGGCUGGCGUUCGAGCUCGCUGGCUUCCAGUACUUUUUCGUCAAGCACUAUGCCGGGGCUAUCGGACGCGAGCAUGCUGCUCACGCCGAAGGCUUUUGCUCCGAGCAUCCUUUUCACGUCUUCGACGCUCCUGGUACCACCAUUAGUGACGGCAGCCAUGCGGCGAGCAACCUCACUCAGGCGAAGGCCGAAGCCGAGGCUGCUGCAUCCGCCCUCUUGAUGGCUGAUGUGGAAAAUCAGGAUCCGAAAAGCACCGCAGUCCAGCUUGCGCGCAAAGAGGCGCGCAAGGUCAAACCGGCCUGGUUCAAUGGAAGCUUGCUGGAGCUCAAAAAGAUCUCGAGAGAGCUGUACAUUAGUCCCACGGCUUGGGCCAUUGAUGGGCAGUGGGAAUUCCUGGAAGACAGCGAGCUGUGGUGCUUGAGAAACUACACGGCUAUGCCCAUGUCCGAGCAUGGGUUGGACAGGAAUAUUCAGCAACUCAUCUCGACUGGACAGAGAGGCCUCGUGCGGAGCAAUGCUGCCAUGAGCCGUGGCGAAUUUGCGCCCCGUGGUGAAGAAAUGGAUAUCCCAGCCUGA